GAUUCUUUUGGUCCAGUAGUUGCAUGUUACUAUGCGCUUGCAAAAUCUGUCACAGCCCUACUUCAGUACCUUGCCAACAGGAGCAACGCAAACGCGAAGCCUGUUUGUCGAUAAUUUGUCGCAUUGGAUUGGUUAGACGGCUGUAAUUCAGGGCUCGGCUCAGCUAACCACUGACCUGCUUCUGUGCAAUACAAAGGCUAGAAGAAUUUUUUUCUCUCUCUCUCUUACACUCUGCGUCUGUAAAGUUAAGAUUAAAGAUUUUGACUCAUAUCCAGCCUGUUUUUGGGACGCGCUUUCGAGUUUUUUUCUUCUUCUUUUUAAAUUUUUUUAACACCGCCAGCUGGUCAAAGGCAGACACCAAAACAGCAGGAUGUUGUUUAACGCUAGAUGGGCAAACGGAGCUUUUGGCAGAGCCCGUGCCAAGCUUUUACGCGGGCACAGCGACGCGAGUCAUUUUCACUUUCAAGAUGGGAAUACUCCAGACACAGCUGCAACAUGACUGCACAAAUAUCUGUAUCCUUUGCUGAUGCUACAGCAUUUUCGUGUGUAAUUUAUUGCCUGUCCUGCCUCGCGGGGCAGCAUCCCCUCCGAGUGUGGGAUACCAUGGAGCAGCUAGAAGAGGAACUUACGUGUCCGAUCUGCUGCGGUCUCUUCGAGGACCCUCGGGUUUUGCUGUGCUCGCACAGCUUUUGCAAGAAAUGCUUGGAGGGACUCUUGGAGGGGAACCGGGGUCCUGCGUUCAGAGCGCCGUUCAAAUGCCCCACAUGCCGCAAAGAGACCCCUCACAACGGCGCAAACAGCCUGCAGAUCAACUACUCUCUGCGCGGGAUCGUGGAGAAGUACAGCAGAAUCAGGGUUCUGCCGAAGAUGUCUGUUUGUAAACAACACUGCAGCCAGCCUCUUAACAUAUUUUGCGCCACGGACUUGAAACUCAUUUGCGGCUUUUGCGCAACUACAGACGACCACAAAGGGCAUACAUUCUGCUCCUUGGAGGUGGCAUAUGACCGAGAGAAGGAGGCGUUUGAAGAGCUGCUCCACCGAGUGGAGAGCUGGCAGAGCGCAGAUAUCCUGUCCUGCCUGGAGACACUACAAGCCAGUAAGAAAAGGGCGCUCCAGUCGGUGACCAAGGACGCAGAGAAGGUAACAGACUAUUUCGACAAACUCAUCGGCGCCCUCGAGUGCAAAAAGAACGAGAUCCUGUCCGAUUUCGAAACACUGAAGCUGGUGGUGCUGCAAGCGUACGACCCGGAGAUCACCAAGCUGAGCGCUGCGAUGGAGGAGCACAGGCGGGCGCUCAGCAUCGCGGAGUCGUUCAGGAGCGUCGCCGACCCCCUGUGCUUUCUGCAGCAGAUGCAGGAGUUUCGGGAGAAGCUGGGGGUCCUGAAGGAGACUCCGCUGCCCUCCCGGAAAGACAUGGACGUCGGUCCCCUCGUGCGCAAUUUCGACGUCAAAAAGUGGGACUCGCUGAGGCUCAGAGAAGUGGACAAGAUCGCAGUCCCCCACGAGAGUGGCUCCUACCGAGCGCGGGGCUCGCGGAUGGCAGCGCGCAGAUGGAUCACCUUGUUUAUGAGCCUGUUAGUGCCCGCGCUGCUCCUGCUGCAGCCGCACAACCUCGCAGCCUACGUGCCUUCGCAGGUCGAGCCGCUUCUCACUGCAGUCUCCUCGCACCUCACCCACACCGGCGCGUACCUGCGGGAAAUGACUGACAUGUACGCGAGUUUAUUGGGUGCAGGUCAGGAAUGCAUCAUGAACUUCAUUGACUCGACUGUCAAUUUUAUUGGCAGUUGUAAGUUGUUUUAAUUAUGAGCCCGUGGCACCUGCGCCGCGCACCCACAGCUACAAAUCGUUGUCAGUCACCCGUGAGGUGCAUUAAACUAGUGAGAUGUUCACCUCAGACCACACGGAAACACCCUGUUACAUGUACCAUGUUGUAUGUCUUUUCUUUUUGCCUAUUUCCCCCCUCAAACUCAAACCUCUAAUCAAGCCAUCGAAUCAAACAGAAUCAGCCCCUUUAGUCCGAGGCUGUAUCUGACAUUUACAUCACGGAGACACUAACCCAUACUCUGUCCACGAAUGUGCGAUCUCUUUUCUUUUUCUUACGACACAUUUAUACUUGUCCAAGUGAUCUUUACAAAUAAAACGGAGAAACUGAAGUCA